AUCGUUUACCAUGUUUUUAAACUUGUAGGUCUCAUAGCUGUAAAUAAAACUUUUGACGAAGUAAAAAAAUGGAUAUCGGAGCGAAUGAACAAAGAUCAAAAGAUCGGCCAGGCAGUUGGAAAACUUCGAAACUUCAUUAUCGAGCCGUUCGUUCCACACAAGCAGAACGAAGAAGCAUAUGUCUGCAUAUAUUCUCAUAGGCAUGCUGACACAAUUUUAUUUUACCACGAAGGUGGUGUCGACAUUGGAGAUGUUGAUUCUAAGGCUGUCAAACUGGAUAUCCCUGUUGGCGAAUCAACAGAUGCAGCAACUAUAGAAAAGGCACUGUUAGGGCAAGUGGCGCCGAAAAAACGAGCCACCAUUGCUAAAUUCAUUAAUGCACUUUACAAACUUUACGUCGAUUUAUAUUUCACUUACCUCGAAAUUAAUCCCUUGGUAGUCACGGAUAGCGAAAUCUACGUAUUAGAUUUGGCUGCAAAGUUGGAUUCUACAGCAGAUUUCUUGUGCAAACCCCUCUGGGGCGAAAUCGAUUACCCACCACCAUUCGGACGGGAUGCUUAUCCAGAGGAAGCUUACAUAUCCGAUUUGGACUCAAAAUCUGGAGCUAGUUUAAAACUUACCAUCUUGAAUAAAAAGGGUCGCAUUUGGACUAUGGUAGCAGGAGGCGGAGCUUCUGUCAUCUACAGCGACACGAUAUGUGAUUAUGGUGGUGCUAGCGAGUUGGCUAAUUAUGGUGAAUAUUCAGGGGCUCCAUCAGAACAACAAACUUACGAAUACGCCAAAACUAUUUUGUCUCUUAUGACACAAGAGAAACAUCCUGAAGGAAAGGUUUUAAUUAUUGGAGGCGGUAUCGCCAACUUCACGAACGUUGCUUCCACUUUCAGAGGAAUUAUAACUGCCCUUCAAGAAUUCCAACAGCGUUUAAUCGAUCACAAAAUUUCGAUAUUCGUACGACGUGCUGGUCCUAACUACCAAGAAGGAUUAAGAAGGAUGCGCGAAGUAGGGCAAAGUCUAGGCAUUCCGUUAUAUGUAUUCGGCCCCGAAACUCAUAUGACAACCAUCGUUGGUAUGGCUCUUGGGAAGAAACCCAUAAGUCAAGAAAGUCACACCACUGAAUUCGCAACGGCAAAUUUCCUAUUACCAGGUGGCCAAACUGACGAAAGCAAAAGCCCAUUUAGUUCAGUAACCGAAAACCAUCAUGUGGCACCCAGAAGAGCAGCGGUAAGAAACACUUAUCUAUUUUUAAUAUUAUUUUUUUCGUCGAAAUAACAAAUUAUUAAACGU